AUGGCUCAUGAAGUAUACCCUGCAUUUCGUUUGCACCAACCAUCCGAGAUGUUUCUCACUCUUAAGGAGUAUUCUGAUUCGCUGAGGAUUAAUCAAGGACCAUCCACGGAUAGCGAAGAAAGGAAGCUUCGACGAAAUAGAACUGCAUUCACAGAGAAUCAACUUGAAGAACUGGAAAAAUGCUUUCAAAAUUGUCAUUAUCCUGAUGUGAAUAUAAGAGAGAAGCUUGCUAAAGAGACGCAGUUGCCGGAAGCUCGAAUUCAGGUCUGGUUCAAGAAUCGCCGUGCGAAACACCGCAAGAGGUUACGGAACAUUCCAUCUUCUGAGCCUGUUCCUUGUACAUCUGCAGCUGCCAUAACUACAACAGUAAUUACAUGGAAUCCGAGUCGAUCGUUUAUGAGUUUCAUGCCGUUCCAUCAUCAUUUAGCGCCAUUCACACAUCAGAUCCCACUAUUACAAAAACCGGUAACCGAAGAAGGAUCGUUUGCAAUACCACCAGUGCUUCCAGCAGUAAUUGAUGAUGCGACAUAA